GAUACAGGGGAGGGAGCGAUGGCUAUUUAAAGAGGGUAAAAUAACACAAGAUCUUUAGAGCUGAGUAACCGCCUCCGAACAAACAUAGCAGGACCAACCAUCUGUAUCACAGUUUAAAGAGGCAGGAUUUUGACUGUACCCACUAACAGUGUUUUAAUCACUGACGAAUCCACAGGCAGCGCCGUCAAAACGGUCUUCAUUCAUUAGACAAAAUGGGCAAAGAUUAUUACAAGAUUUUGGGAAUUGCGAAAGGUUCAUCGGACGACGAUAUCAAAAAGGCGUACAGAAAACAGGCUUUGAAAUGGCAUCCUGACAAAAACAAGGCGUCCAAUGCGGAGGAGAAAUUCAAGGAGGUCGCGGAGGCUUAUGAAGUUCUUAGUGAUCCAAAGAAAAGAGAAAUAUAUGACCAAUACGGUGAAGAAGGGCUUAAAGGAGGUGGAGGCGCGUCGGACGGGCCAGGAGGAAACUUCACCUACACCUUCCAUGGAGAUCCUCAUGCGACGUUUGCCACGUUUUUCGGGGGCGCCAAUCCUUUCGAGAUAUUUUUCGGCAGAAAAGUUAAUGGGCGAGAUGACGAUGACAUGGAGGUGGACGGAAGUGACCCCUUUGGUUCUUUUACUAGUUUUAACAUCAAUGGAUUUCCACGCGAACGGCACAUCGGUCAGGGCGGCCCGCCGCGCAGAAAACAAGACCCCGCGAUCCACCACGAGCUCCGGGUGUCUUUGGAGGAGGUUUUUCAUGGGUGCACCAAGCGCAUGAAGAUCUCACGCAAGCGCUUGAAUCCAGACGGUCGGACAAUGAGAACCGAGGACAAAAUCCUCACUAUUGAGAUCAAGCGUGGCUGGAAAGAGGGAACCAAAAUCACGUUCCCACGCGAAGGCGACGAAUCACCCAGCACGAUUCCAGCUGAUAUUGUGUUUGUCAUCAGGGACAAACCUCACGCCCACUUUAAACGAGAGGGCUCUGAUAUCGUGUACCCGGUUCGAGUCAGUUUGCGCCAGUCAUUGUGUGGCUGCUCUGUCACCGUGUCGACAAUAGAUGGUAAAACGUGCAAUAUGAAGAUAACCGAUGUCAUCAAACCAGGCAUGAGGAAGAUAAUUGCUGGACAAGGACUGCCCUUCCCAAAGAACCCAGAACAAAGAGGGGACCUCAUUGUAGAGUUUGAUGUGCACUUUCCUGACAGUCUGCCAUCCAAUGCCAAGGAUGUCCUGAAACGACACUUACCAACCUCAUAAAUUGAGGUUGGACAGACUGUAGUGACAUUUCUAUAUGAACAAUUUGGUCCCCUUGUUAGGUGGACGAUGAUGACAAAUCAGUUUUGAGAAUGUGCAAUUUCUAUUUUUAUCUAAUUGUUUAUUCUGUAUACAGUCUAUAUACUGUAUGUCUAAUACAUAUACUGUACGUAUGUAUAUACACACUCACUGAGCACUUCAUUAGGAACACAAUGGUCCUAAUAAAGUGCCUGACGUGGUCUUCUGCUGUUGUAGCCCAUCCACCUCAAGGUUCGACGUGUUGUGCAUUCUGAGAUGCUAUUCUGCUCACUACAAUCGUACAGAGUGGUUAUCUGAGUUACCGUAGCCUUUCUGUCAGCUCGAACUAGUCUGACCUCUUUCAUCAACAAGGCAUUUCCUUCCGCAGAACUACCGCUCACUGGAUGUUAUUUGUUUUUUGGCACCAUUCUGAGUAAACUGAGACUGUUGUGCAUAGAAAUCCCAGGAGAUCAGCAGUUACAGAAAUUCUCAAAUCAGCCCAGCUGCCACCAACAAUCAUGCCUUGGUUGAAAUCACUGAGAUCACAUUUUCUCCCCAUUCUGAUGGUUGAUGAGAACAUUAACUGAAGCUCCUGACCCCUAUCAGCUUGAUUUUAUGCAUUGCACUGCUGCCACAUGAUUGGCUGAUUAGAUAAUCGCAUGAAUAAGUAGGUGUACAAGUGUACCUAAUAAAGUGCUCAGUGAGUGUGUGUGUAUAUAUAUAUAUAUAUAUAUAUAUAUAUAUAUUAA